AUGAAGGUCUCACAGUUUCUCACUUGCUUCGUCGCCGCGCAGGCAAUCACCGCUGCCUCGAUCCCCGAAACAAACAAUGCGCUGCACGCACUCGAAGAGCGCCGCGUCGUCCCACCCUCAGAACUCCUCUCACCAGAGCACACACUAGAGCGUCGCAAAGGAGGUGGUGGCCGAGGAGGAGGGAGUAGUAGCGGUGGUAGUGGCGGCGGACGCACAAGCGGCUCAUCUAGCGGUGGUGGUGGACGCACCAGCUCAGGCUCCGGUGCACCACGAUCGUUUGGCGCAGCACAGCCAUACAGAGCCGGUAGUCGCACACCUGGAAAGGGUCUUGUUGCCGGCGCUUUGAUUCUCCCAGCAGCCAUGCUGUUCAUCAUGCCCGGUCUAUGGCUCGCCAGCGUAUACCCAUACCACUACAAUAACCCCUACCGCUUCUACAACCAGUCCGCCACAAACGACGAUAACGAUAACAAUAACAACAACAAGCGCGACCUCUGGACACGCCAAACUCAGGGCCGCAACGAGACUCUCCCCGUCAUGUGUCUAUGCCAGGAAAACAGCUCCUGCGGUUGUGACGAGAACGACGGUGACUACUCGUACGUUGACGACCUUGUUGGCAACGGAAGCUACCCCGCCCUCGACAAGUCUCUCGUUACCGUGUCUGAUGUCAAUGGCACAAAGACGCUUGUUUUGAACGGUACCCUGCCUGAGGGAACGACCGCGCCGGGAAGUAGUGCGGCCGUUGACUUGAAGGUUGGAAAGUACACUGGGUACUAUGUCGUUGGUGUCAUGGUUCUUGCUGGUGUCUUCAUGUAAACCCAUCCGUCUUGGACCUGCAGAAGAUGGUGUCUCUGGUUUUGAUUACCUAGGGGGUUGUAUUACUAUGAUGAAGCUAUGAGGUUCUCUUUUUCGGUGUUUUGUUUUGUUUUUGAUUGCGUUUUGGGAGGCAUCAUUGGUUUUUAGAAAGGCCUUUUUCUCCUGUCGGUUGAGAUGGUUUGGACUGGAUUAGGCUGGG